GAACUCGCAUUCGCCCCGCGGUGCCUCUUUCCAUCUCUCGUCUCGUGGACGGGGAGUUCUUUCUCCAGUUCGUAGUGUAGUUAUUCUUUGUCAGUUAAAGACGAGCGCGUCAGUUUGUUCGAAGUGCGUGGAGGGGAAGAAAAUGUGUUGAGAAUUUGGGCAAUGCUGGGCUGGAAGGUUAGUACGUUCGAUGCCCAGGGCCGAGGAAAUCUCGUGGCAAGAUGAUGGCGAUUGCCGUCGCAUCGCUUCUUUGAGACUCGUCUUUGCGUGUCGGUCGUCGCCGAAGACGGAAUCCUGGCAAUGCGAGUGGUUUUCAGCUAUGGAUGUACCUUUUCGAAAGCAGUUUGCUUCCUUCCCCUUUCAUCUUGAGGAAGCUCUGACGCUAAAGCAUGCACAAAAUGAUCGGCAUGUGAGUGGAUUGAGAUGGAAAUUCUCACCUCUCCUGGUUUGAAGCUUUUCGGCAGAUUCAGCCUCACCGGGACUGUGUAAGCUCCUCAGAUUUUCUGAUACCGAGAAACUGCCAACCGAUAAUGUGAAUGGACAGUGGCACUGGUGGACAGGAAGUACCGGCAUUGGAUCGGAUAAUGUGGCGGUUCGUCGCACCGAACUUCAAACAGUACGUGGAUAAAGUUUGAAGGAACGUCGCCAGUCUCGAUGGAUAGCAGGGAAUUGUGUUGACUGUCAUGCUGGGGAGUCCUGAGUUGGCUAAAUAUCGAUGGAGUCUAUCGAGAAAAUGGUCUUGGAGCAGAAAAUUCGGUUUCUGGCGUGCGACAUUCUAUUCAAAGGCGCGCCGCAAACUUUUGAAGAGGUUUGUCAAAGCUGUAGGCUCUUCACUGUUACACCCGCUGAGCUACUUGGAUACACUUUCGUGCAAAUUAAAUUUGGUAACUGCCUAGCAACGGCAUUGUUCAUUCCCUUCCCUGGAUCCAUUUACGUCACACAGGCAUAUUGUCAAGAAAUUGGCAGAAAGUCCAUUCUAACCCCUUUCAGUCUCUAUCAGAGACAAGGUGGAAAAUGGUUAAAGAAAGCACCAUCUCUCUUGCCCUCUCUUCCCGGUCUGACAAAUCCGAAGGACGCGUCGGCGGGGAUGAAGAGCGAGUUUACUACCUGUCACAUUCCCACGGUAGACCGAGCGAGUUCAGAAAUUUCUCGCCUGCCUACUGGUGUACACGAUGUCCUGCCAUGCCCAUCUAGUUGUGAACCAGCUCUUGCUCAUGCAGCUGUGACAGACAGAGAAAUACAUGCACCGUCGAACGCUUCAAAUUGGCCGGUGCGUGGGUCGGUCCUCCCCAAAGAGCGAAAAAUGGAUGAAGCCACAUCAUAUUUUGCCUCUCCGCGGGGAGCAUCAGUUGAAUUCUUGACGUGUCCCUCUAACUGCGAAUCUGCUUCCAGUCAAGUGCCAAGUGAGGUCAGGGUUGUUCGCGAGGAUGAAUUGGGUCACCAAAGUCUCAUGCUGCGGAAUCAGAAUGCAGUUUCGUCCUCCUGUCCACUGGAGGAGACAGAAGGAGUUGCUUCCGUGGCUGUUCACGUGGUUGCGAGUGAGGAAUCCACACCGAGGCGAGGUAGGAGGCCCAGAGUGGCUCAAAAGUUGGAAACGAGAAGCAAAAUUCCGAAGGAGAUGGAGAGGGAAUCAGCUCAAAAAUCUGGACUGUCGAGCCGCGUGACUCGAUCAGCCACAGCCCAGCUACCGAGGAGAGGGUUGGGAACAUCUCAGAGGAAGAGAGAGAGAAGUUUUAUUGAGAGCACAGGAGACAAGGAUCCCCGUGAGAAGAAAAUGCGAGGUAGGAAGAAAGGGAUGAGGUCCCCUCCUACCGUCAAAGAGGAGAUGAUGGAAGUGGAUUCUGUUCCUCCUACACAUUGUGAUAACAGGAUCGUAGUUCAGCCUCUGCUUGGUGCUUUUGAGCGUUCUGAAGUGGUAGGUGAUACGCGAGUUAACCUUUCUGGGACUAAGAAGGCAGGCGCUGUGCAUGAAGAGAAUGUAUCCCAACUCGUUCCUAUGGAGGCUGAAGCAGGAUCAGGUAAGAAAUGGAAAGCAGGGAGGAGAAAGUCGACCUCGUUGAUAGAACCGGAGAGUAAAGUUUCUCUGCUACCGGGCAGUUCAAAUGCUGUGACGGUUACUCCCUCCUCUCCGAAGUUAGUUUCUGCACUUGGACGCCACGGUUGCCAUCUUGCGCAGGAGGCAUGUCCGGUAUUGGGAGGAAUGGUUCAUGGGGAAGCAGUCAGUGCAGCGAGAAUUAGUAUUUCUGGUGCUGCAGAGUCAGAGUAUGCUGGAAAUGCAAACACAUCUGAGAAAGGUUUUGCUGAAAAGUUUGACCAGCCUUUCCUAGAAUCGUUUCCAGAAUUCUGUGCUGGAACAGAUGCAGAGAUUCUCUGUGAAAAUAAGGAGUCAUUCACAUGUGACAAGUCAGCAGCUUUCGAAUUAGAGCAACUAUUAUACAUUAGCGACUCCGAAGAAAAUUCGUCUACAGCAGUACUUCCGAGCCCAUUUAUGGAGCCACUUAAAAUGCCUCCUGUGCUUACGGCUCCAUACGUUGCUACUGCUCGAGCCCUUAGUUUAUCGCCACCAAAGCUGGCAGCCGGAAGAAGGUCCAUGUAUACGGACACGGUGCAACUACAAGCUACCCAUGAUCAUGAGGUGGAUGUUCCAACUGUAGAGGGAGUUACCGAAACAGAACUGGGCUCUAGGACGGAAUCUCUUGAGCAUUUAAGUCGUAUCAACGAAGUGCUUCGAGAGAUGAAUACCAUCAUGACAUCGUCGACUGCCGAGCCUAUCGAAGAUAUAAGUCGGAAGGAACCACCUUAUUGUGAUGGUGACAGGAUGCAAUCUACCGCAGAAGGGGUGGAGCUUUUUGCAAGUUUACCAUGCGCUGAAGUUUCAGAGAACGCCUCAAUGGAUCAGCGAUUUGGAGAAAUCAAUGGUCUUUGUAUCAACGGAGCAUCUCUCAAUGCCGUAGAGAAGGGACUUGUUUCAAGCGUGAAGCUUCUCAAGUAUGACUGUGUAAACGGUGAGCAGCUUGUGACUGGAUCUGAGUUGAGGGAGGAAGAAGUAGAGCCUUGUGCAGAUUCACGCCCAGGUGCCUCUGAGAUCAUCUGUUCCAAUGCCAGAGGAGAUAACCCGCUGCCAGCUGAAACAGGACCCAGUUUAAAUGCCCAUCAGCACUUAGAAACUGGUUGUUGCCUUUCAGAGAAAAUUGAUGAUGGUGGACAAUGUGAUACGGCCGUUAGUGUAGAGGAAUCCGAUACCUGUUCUCAUUCCGUACCGGAGAUAGCUUUAAAUGUACAGGCGGAGGGAUGCAUACAAGGAUUUGCAAUGGAAGAGGAUGUCAUGCAUUUGAGUAGUGUAAAUAACACCUUAGCUUUAGUACAGGAAGCUCCCCUUGUAAUUUCCGAGCAAGCUCAAGGGGUUGAAGAUGCGAUCCUAAGUCUGUAUGCAGUGGCAAUAGAACCUAGUGCGGUUCCACAUGUCGCCAUCGAAAAUGGCACAGAACUUGGUGAUUACAGGAACAUUGAAGACGGUCCUUCUAGCAGACAAUUUUCUGUGGCUGAGGUGGAUCAUCUUAAAAGACAAAGUGAAGUUGAGGAAGGCCUUAACUCUAAUCCCCGUCCAGCCCAUCAACAUGGUUCAAACCACAGGUUUACAGUCAUUGAACAUCCUCGUGAAGAUAAUAGCUUGGUUGCUGGCUCAGAGAAACCAGGUAUACAUGCAGAGGACAGUGUAAGUUUUCAACUGCGAGGAAAGGAGAACGUUACCUCCACGAAAGCUGAGGAUAAUGUAAAGAAGAGUUCUAUUGCGGAGGGAGAGGUCCCAGGUCUGAACGUGGAGACCACCGUGGAAGUCAUUUUAGAAAAUACGAGAGGUAGCAAGUCAGAAUUUGUUCACCCUCAGAACAAUACAGGCCCGUUUCUGGUCAAGCACGAUAAAGAGACCGUUCCGAAAGAGGUUCCUGCCUUGGAGAGGAACGCAAGCCUGAUCAAGAUUAUUGACCCUCAUUCAAAGCAGAAAAAUCAAGAGUUUAAACUCAUUCCCGAGUUUGACAACUACACUGUCAUAGGAGAAGAGGGUUCUGGGGGCUACGGCACUGUGUACAGAGUGAUGAACAAUACGACGGAAAGAAUAUACGCCAUGAAAUGUCCCCUUUUGAAAACGCACCCAUCGUGUGUAGACAACGAAAUUCGCAUGCUUCAACAGCUCGGAGGCAAAGAAUGUGUAAUAAAGUUCGAGAAAGUCGUCCCGGGACGAUUUAGAACUCUCUCAGAUUCUGGUGAAAAGUUAUCAGAGUGCAAGAGCAUACUUCUCGAAUUUAUGGAGCAUGAUAAGCCAGAGGUGUUGAAGAAAGAGAUAACUGUUGAGGAGCUACGAAAUUACUGUGUGUGCCUCUUCAGGGCUCUUGCACACAUGCACAGACUGAGAAUUAUGCAUCUGGACGUUAAGCCUGGAAAUUUUCUCUUCUCCCGGGCCAAAAAGCGUGGUUAUCUUGUAGACUUCAAUCUAGCUCGGGAUGAACAAAAGCAUCCAAAGCGCAUCAAAAAGGUUCUACCCAGUUCUGCCCACAUCAUCGGCAGAAUUGACUCUACUAGAAGGUCUAUGAAACGACCUAGCGUGCAAGAUGUAGCUAGCACUCCUGUGAGCUUCUCUAAGCGAAGUCGAAUGUUGAUCGGAGCUUCUGGGACUCAAUUGUCAUUCGGAACUCCGUCGCCAGCCAAACCGUUAUCUACAGUACAUGAGCAAGGCAAUAAAAGGGUGGCACAUGGUUCUGCCGAUACGAGAAUAUCAUCCCCCAGACUCCCAGACCUGGUUCAAUCCAGGUCCACCACUCCCAUGGGUGCCCAUUCCUCCCCGAGGAUACCUGUGGAGUCGCCAAAGCUUAGACAUGAAUACCCUGACCAGGGUGUUCGAAGACAUCUUGAGGAAGCUGCAAAUGUGCAAGAGAAUCACACACUAGGUCCCAGGCCUCAAACUGGAUCUCGAGCAAUUUUGAAGUAUAUUCAAACAAAUGUAUACAAGCAACAACAACCUUCGGUAUUAAAUCAACAUCAAUCGUCUCUUCCUGCGUCACAAAGGAAAAGAGUUGCUGCGGUUCAAGAUAAAAAAAAGUCUGUACUUGACGGCCAUGUCCACCAGAUUCAUCAAGUUUUGCAACCAUCGAUCGCCAGACGGCCCAAAGCACCGACCAAACUCAAGGUCUUAAAUGAUCAACUAGUAAAGGACGGACCCUGCGUUGGAACGAAAGGCUACAGGGCGCCGGAGGUGCUGUUGAGAUCCUUGAAGCAGUCAACCAAAGUGGAUAUCUGGUCAGCUGGUGUCAGCUUGUUGCAGUUGCUGUCAGGCAGAUCACCAUUUCCGUCCACAAGCACAGACGGGGCGCUGAAGGACAUAGCUAAAGUACGAGGAUCAGAUAAAGUUUUGGCUCUAGCAACAAGACAUCAAAGACAACAUAGCAUCUCCAAGGAGUUGUGUGCGAUGAGGUAUCCACCUAUCACUUUGAAGGAAUGGUGUGACAAACAUUCGAGAAGACCAGAAUUGAAGGGCAGAGUACCUGAGGAACUCUACGACUUACUCGAAAAGUGCUUGGACGUGGAUCCGGUAAACAGAAUCACGGCCGAUGAAGCAUUAAGUCACCAAUUUUGCUGCACCCUCGAGAAGGAGCCUUAGAGACUUAUUCUAUUCUCUAAAUAUUCACCCAUUUGUACAGUACGUGAGGUCAAAAUCCUUUUAUUCUUUCAGCGCGCCGCGCUUGUUCACAGAUCGAUAACCGAGCACCACUUCCUCUGUUUCUCAAGAAUGCUCUACUUCCUCGCUGUCCUGAUCAUAUCUAACGCUUCAGCGAAACUGAUGCGAAUUUCUCUUUCAGAUGAGAAAUCUGUAAUAUCAAAUAAAAGACCCAAGGAUCAAUACUGCAUCAUAAGACCGUGCGUUCCAAAGAUUUGAUU